UCUCAGCCCUCACAUACUCUCUUCCUCUUCUGCCCCUCCCAAUUUCCCAAUCCCACCCCUCCAACCCUCCUCGCCUCUUGCCCUUCCCUCACCCAAUUUCCGAUUUUCUCCCGUUACCCGCCAAAUCCACCCUACCCCUGAUUUUCAAAUUUCUCAUUUCCUUUUCAAAAAAUUUCCUCUCCACUUUCUCUCUUUCUGGCAAACCCUAAUUCUCAAUUCUCGUUUGGAUUUUAGAUUGAAGCUUUCAGGCUUCGGAUUUCGAGGUUUUGGGCAAGACCCUAGCUCCUGUGGGUGUUUGGCGCUUAUGAGGAUGUAAUUUUGGGUUUGGAGCUAGGGUUUCGACUAGUGAAGGCAUUCUUCAGUAGAAUUGGAAGGUGGUUGUUUCCAACUAUAACUUGGUAGUUUGUCCUGGAGGCCAGGGAGAGUGUUAUUGAUAUUCUUGGUGUACGGUGAUUGAUUAAGUCAAUGGCUAACCAUGAUUUGAUACUUGGGCAAAGUCACAAUUUAGUCCUUGGGCAGAAUCAGCAGUUGGUUCUGGGCCACAAUCAUAAUGUAGGACUUGGACAGAACCAUGAUUUGGAAUUGGGACAAGCUCAUGAGCAUCAUUUGGCUUUGGGACAGACCCAUGACCAUGAAGUGGAUUUAGGACAUGCCCAUGACCAUGAGCUGGGUUUAGGGCAAGACCACAACCAAGAAGGGGAUGAUGGUCACAAUUAUGGGCAUGAGAAUGAGUUAGGUAUGGAUCGGAAACCUGACCAUGAUGACCAUGAGUUGGCUCUUACUGGACAGAAUCACGAGUUAGCUUUAUCUGAGAACCAUGAACUGGCUGUUUCAGAAAGCCAAGAACUUGAUGAGAAUCUGGAACUAGCUAUUGAUCAAAGCCAGGAAAUGGGGAUUGAGUCUGCAGAAGAUCUGUCCAUUCAGGAGUCCCAACUUGUACUCGAUUCCAGUCAUGUAAUCCAGGCUCGUGCAAUUAUUACUGGUCCAAAUUAUGAGCUCUCAGUGGGGCAAGAGUUCCCCGAUGUCAAGAGCUGUAGAAGAGCCUUGAGGGAUACAGCUAUUGCUCUGCACUUUGAAAUGCAGACCAUAAAAUCUGACAAGACUCGUUUUACUGCCAAAUGUGCCAGUGAGGGAUGUCCCUGGCGCAUUCAUGCUGCAAAGCUCCCAGGGGUUCCAACUUUCACAAUCAGGACAAUCCAUGAGGCUCAUACAUGUGGAGGAAUUGCUCAUCUUGGCCAUCAGCAAGCCUCAGUUCAGUGGGUUGCAAAUUCUGUGGAGCAACGGCUCAGGGAGAACCCCAAUUACAAGCCAAAGGAGAUACUUGAAGAAAUUCACCGGGUUCAUGGUAUCACCUUAUCAUACAAGCAAGCUUGGCGAGGCAAGGAGCGGAUCAUGGCUGCUAUGCGUGGAUCCUUCGAAGAAGGGUAUCGCUUGCUUCCACCAUACUGUGAACAGGUUAAACGGACAAACCCGGGGAGUAUUGCAUCUGUUUAUGGAAACCCAACUGAUAGCUGCUUUCAGCGUCUAUUCAUAUCAUUUCAGGCAUCAAUUUAUGGUUUUCUUAAUGCUUGUCGGCCACUACUUGGGCUUGAUAGGACAUAUUUGAAAAGCAAGUAUCUUGGCACUUUGCUUCUUGCUACUGGUUUUGAUGGCGAUGGUGCUCUGUUUCCUCUUGCAUUUGGUGUAGUUGAUGAGGAGAAUGAUGAUAAUUGGAUGUGGUUUCUGUCCGAACUUCACAACCUGCUUGAAAUUAAUACAGAAAACAUGCCCAGGCUUACCAUUUUGUCAGACAGGCAGAAGGGAAUAGUAGAUGGAGUGGAAGCGAAUUUUCCAACCGCAUUUCAUGGAUUUUGUAUGCGUCACUUGAGUGAAAGCUUUCGCAAGGAGUUUAAUAACACAAUGCUUGUUAACCUUCUGUGGGAGGCUGCUCAUGCUCUCACCGUGAUUGAAUUUGAAGCAAAAAUUUUGGAAAUCGAAGAGAUCUCACAAGAUGCUGCAUAUUGGAUUCGAAGAAUCCCCCCUCGAUUGUGGGCUACAGCCUAUUUUGAGGGAACACGCUUUGGUCAUUUAACAGCUAACAUAGUUGAAUCGUUAAAUACUUGGAUUCUGGAGGCCUCUGGGCUUCCAAUAAUUCAGAUGAUGGAGUGCAUUAGAAGGCAGCUAAUGACUUGGUUCAAUGAACGCCGAGAGACCAGUAUGCAAUGGACAUCGAUACUCGUGCCUUCUGCGGAGAGGCGUGUUGCAGAGGCUCUUGAGCGUGCUCGCACUUAUCAGGUGCUUCGUGCUAAUGAAGCGGAAUUUGAAGUUAUAUCUCAUGAAGGAACAAAUAUUGUUGACAUUCGGAAUCGAUGCUGCCUUUGUCGGGGCUGGCAGUUGUAUGGUUUGCCCUGUGCACAUGCUGUGGCAGCGCUUCUCUCUUGCAGGCAGAAUGUCCAUCGAUUUACUGAGAGCUGUUUUACUGUUGCAACCUAUCGCAAGACAUACUCACAAACUAUACAUCCAAUCCCUGAUAAAUCUCUAUGGAAAGAGUUGUCUGAGGGAGAUCCAAAUGCCAGCAAAGGUAUCGAAGUUCUUAUUAACCCGCCCAAAUCACUUCGGCCGCCUGGUCGACCGAGAAAAAAGAGAGUUCGAGCAGAAGACCGUGGCCGUGUGAAGCGGGUUGUGCAUUGUAGUCGUUGCAAUCAGACCGGUCAUUUUAGAACAACAUGUGCAGCACCCAUAUAAGUUGUUGCUGUUACAAUUAGUUAACUGUUAUAAGAUGUAUGUAAGAAUUCUUGUUUUGUGAUUGUUUGUAGUUUUUAUUAGUUAGAUUGGGAAGUAAAUGUAUCUCCACUUUGACAGUUACGUGAGAUUAGCUCAUUAUCAGCUGCCCUAUGUGAAUGUUCACCUUGUUAAUUCAAUAAUAAUGUUUCAUGGUUGUAGCUUGCAA